AUGGAUGCCGAUGUCGUUGGGAUCGAUAUCGAUGAUGACGAUGACGACGAUGCUGGCAUGUUCAGCAUCGCCAAUGACCGCCAAAAUGAGGACGAUGAUACCCUCUUUGGUGAAGGCAACGUUCUUUCAGCAGUGCACACGAAGCGUACUGCUGUUGACAAGGAUGAAACAGCAGAGGAAUUUCUGCUGACUCGCGAAGCGGUUGUCCGCUUCGUUCAAUACUUUACUGCAGAUGCACUAGACAUACAGAAAAUAAAUGCAGACAAACACGGAAGAGCAAAUGUUUUUUUUCAUUUGAUGAAGGAGACCUAG